AUGAUGGAUAAGCUGGAGGCGAGGAAUGAUGAUGUCUGCUUGCAAUGUUGUACGAUGCAAACACCUACGAUGCAAACACCUUGGCAGCAAGAGGCUGUUGCCGAUAAAAUAUCAAGACGUUCACUGGGAAAAUAUCUAUGUUCACCUUGCUGGUCGGAUGGAAAGGUUUAUCCGGAGAACAACGAUCUGAAACCCCCUCGAUGCUUCUGUGGCCGACUGCGAUAUGUGGAAAGUUGCCUACAUCUUCCAACCAGUUCAGUCGCAAUGGCCGUGGAGUAUUUCACAGCGGCCGGCCAUUAA